UGAUAAUGCAGUGAUGAUGGAGAUAGACCACGAAGCUAGUCAAGUUUACGUGGAACAAUUAAGUGUUUUACCUAAUCAAUUAGCUACCUCCGGAGCAUUGAGACCUAGUGCUGAAGCUAUUGAUUCUCGUUUAACUACUCCAAUUGUGAUAACUUAUGUAGAUACAGAUAAAAUUAGUUUUGAAAGGAAUAAAUCAGGGAUUUGGGGUUGGAGAAGUGAUAAAACAGAAGUUGUGAGUGAACAUGAAUGUAAAGUAAGAUCUUUUUUUAUUGUUGUUAUUUAAAAUAUUUGUUUUUGU